AAAAGAGAACGCGUCGUCCGCUCUCGGUCUCGUCUUCUCCUCGCCAUAGUCGCCACGCCGCCGCCUCCACCCCACGAAAUCCCGAGACGGCACGGCACGGGAGCGCGUCCUCCUCCCUCCCUACGCCGGCGGCCGGCCGGCCCCCCGCCUUCCUCCUCCUCCCGCCGCCGCGUCCUCCUCACCCCCAUCUCCCUGCCGCCAUCGCCCGCGUCCCCUCCUCUAGCAAUAAUAAUAAAGAAAGGAAGGAAAAAAAAAUCCACCGCCCUGCCCUACCCUACCCUAUCUCCCCCUUCUAUCCGUUGCCUUGGCCGCCCCCCUCCCCCUUCCGUUUCCCACAUUUUCCGGCUCCCUCUAUUCGCUCGGCGCGUCCACGAAUCCGCCCCGGAGAAAUUUCUCCCCAAGGAGGAGGAGGAGGAGGAGGAGGCGAUCCCUAGGCUCGUCUCUGAAUCCCGAGGCGUCGCGCUCGAUCUGCCCCAGCGCCGUCAAUCUUGGCCGUGGGGGGGGGGGUGCCGGUGGAGAUCCUGGAUCUCCCUUUGCUGGGUGUUCCGGCGGGGGGGCGCAAAUCUUGCGGCUGCCGGGCAAUGUGAGUGGGACUCUGGGCCGUAGGGGGAGGCGAUUCGCGCGCGCGCGCUCCCGCAUUCGGUGCUGAAUCUCGCGGCGGGGUGGGUGCUGCAGCGAUGGAGCACGUGAUCGGAGGGAAGUUUAAGCUCGGGAGGAAGAUUGGGAGCGGAUCUUUUGGGGAGCUAUACCUCGGCGUGAACAUACAGAGCGGCGAGGAGGUGGCCAUCAAGUUGGAAUCUGUAAAAUCAAGGCAUCCUCAGCUUCAUUAUGAGUCAAAACUGUACAUGCUUCUGCAGGGGGGGACUGGAAUUCCUCAUCUGAAGUGGUUUGGAGUGGAGGGGGAGUACAAUGUCAUGGUUAUUGAUCUUCUUGGUCCAAGUCUAGAGGACUUAUUCAACUUCUGCAAUAGAAAGUUCUCCCUUAAAACAGUACUUAUGCUUGCUGAUCAGAUGAUUAACAGGGUAGAGUACAUGCACACUAGGGGGUUUCUACAUCGUGAUAUCAAGCCAGAUAACUUCCUUAUGGGUUUGGGCCGCAAAGCAAGCCAGGUUUAUGUUAUUGACUACGGUCUUGCAAAGAAAUACCGGGACCUCCAAACUCAUAAGCAUAUACCUUACAGGGAGAACAAAAAUCUCACAGGAACAGCACGCUAUGCCAGUGUAAACACCCAUCUUGGAGUAGAACAAAGCAGGAGAGAUGAUUUAGAGUCUCUGGGCUACGUGCUGAUGUAUUUCUUAAGAGGAAGCCUUCCUUGGCAAGGUCUAAAAGCUGGCACGAAAAAACAGAAAUACGACAAAAUUAGUGAAAAGAAAAUGCUAACUCCAGUUGAGGUUCUCUGUAAAUCUUAUCCAACAGAGUUCAUUUCAUACUUCCAUUACUGUCGAUCUUUGCGAUUUGAAGAUAAACCGGACUAUAGCUAUUUGAAGAGACUUUUCCGAGAUCUAUUCAUCCGUGAAGGGUAUCAGCUUGAUUAUAUAUUUGAUUGGACGAAGCAAGGUUCAGAAAGUAGCAGAUUGCGAUCAAGUGGAAGGACAAGUGGGUUGGUGGGACCAUCUGCAGAACGGACUGAGCGAGCUGCAGCAAGACAGGAUGUUCCUGAUAGAUUCUCUGGUACAGUUGAUCCAUUUGCUAGAAGAACAGGCUCUGGUUCUGGCCAUUAUGGAGAGCACACAAAGCACAGAAAUAUAUUGGAUUCAUUUCUUGCACCCAAAACGGCUGUUGAUUCAGAUAAAAGAAGGCCCACAUCAUCAUCUAGGAAUGGGAGCACAUCAAGGAAGGCUCUCUUGUCAAGCAGCAGACCAAGUUCGGGAGAUCCUAUUGAUCCAAAUCGCAGUAAUCUAAUUCCAACCAGCAGUGGCAGCAGCCGCCCUUCAACUAUGCAGAGGCUUCACCAGUCAACUGGACUUGAGACUAGGUCCUCGCUUACCAAACCUGCAAGAAAUGUCCAUGAUGAUACCACUCUGAGGACCUUUGAACGUCUUUCAAUCAGUGCUGACAGAAGGAAAUAAUAUUUUGAAGAGCAAAAGAUGUGUUAGUGGCUGCUCCAGUGAAGGCACUGGGGAUUCAUUGAGACGACAAUUAUUACUGAUCAGCCAGUAAAACUAUUACGUGCUACAGAUGAUGCUGAGAUAUGCUUAAAAGUGAAGUUUUCUCUCUGAAUCUUAGCGCAAAAGAUUGAGUACCGUUAAUUCAAACGGUUAAAGAAAGCAUUUUACAUCCCAUUCAGAAGAACCCGGACCAGCAACAGUGCUGAUCCAAUUAAUGCUGAUGUUGAUCAAAUAUUUGUAGAAAUGUUACCGAAAUAAAGAAGUCCACUGUUAGCAAAUUAUGUAUCACCUUUUCCUUCUGUGGACUGCAACUUGCACUUCUGCCAUCACCCUAGAUAAUUUAUACCCCUUUUCUGCCUAGUGUCAUUCGGGUAUCGCGUAAUAUUAUGCCUUGAGAAAUUCGAGAUUAUGUAAUCGACGUUGAUCUAUCGUACGAUCAGAUAUCGUUAUUCAA